GAAGAGGAGCACCCCAUGGAAGGUCCGGCUCACCUGACGUUAAACAGCGAAGUAGGGUCCUUACUGUUCUCCGAGGGGGGGGCCGGGAGAGGAGGAGCCGGUGAUGUGCACCAGCCGACAAAAGGCAAGGAGGAGUUUGUGGCGACCUUCAAAGGCAACGAGUUCUUCUGCUACGACCUGUCCCACAACCCGAUCCAGAGCAGCACGGACGAGAUCACGCUGGCCUUCCGCACCCUGCAGCGCAACGGGCUGAUGCUGCACACGGGCAAGUCGGCCGACUACGUCAACCUGUCCCUCAAGUCGGGGGCCGUCUGGCUGGUCAUCAACCUGGGCUCGGGCGCCUUCGAGGCCCUCGUGGAACCCGUCAACGGCAAGUUCAACGACAACGCCUGGCACGACGUCCGGGUUACCCGAAACCUGCGCCAGCACGCAGGGAUUGGACACGCUAUGGUGACCAUCUCGGUGGACGGGAUCCUGACCACCACAGGCUACACGCAGGAGGACUACACCAUGCUGGGCUCCGACGACUUCUUCUACAUCGGGGGCAGCCCCAACACUGCGGACCUGCCAGGCUCGCCCGUCAGCAACAACUUCAUGGGCUGCCUCAAGGACGUGGUCUACAAGAAUAAUGACUUCAAGCUGGAGCUGUCCCGCCUGGCAAAGGAAGGGGACCCCAAGAUGAAGCUGCAGGGGGACCUGUCAUUCCGCUGUGAAGACGUGGCUGCCCUGGACCCCGUGACCUUUGAGAGUCCCGAGGCCUUCGUGGCGCUGCCCCGCUGGAGCGCCAAACGCACUGGCUCCAUCUCCCUAGACUUCCGCACCACGGAGCCCAACGGGCUGCUGCUCUUCAGCCAGGGCCGGCGGGCCGGGGCCAUGGAGCUGUUGGACGGCUACCUCUACCUCCUGCUGGACAUGGGCUCCGGAGGCAUCAAGCUGCGGGCGUCCAGCCGCAAGGUCAACGACGGCGAGUGGUGCCACGUGGACUUCCAGAGGGACGGGCGCAAAGGCUCCAUCUCAGUGAACAGCCGCAGCACCCCGUUCCUGGCCACGGGGGAGAGUGAGAUUCUGGACCUGGAGAGCGAGCUGUACCUGGGCGGUCUCCCCGAGGGGGGGCGCGUGGAAAUGCCGCUGCCCCCGGAGGUGUGGACAGCGGCGCUGCGGGCCGGCUACGUGGGCUGCGUGCGGGACCCCGGCCCUGCCUGUCCUCCUGAGGCCACGGUCCUGAGCUACGACGGUUCCAUGUACAUGAAGAUCAUGCUGCCCAACGCCAUGCACACGGAGGCGGAGGACGUGUCGCUGCGUUUCAUGUCCCAGCGGGCCUACGGGCUCAUGAUGGCCACCACCUCCCGGGAGUCGGCCGACACCCUGCGCCUCGAGCUGGACGGGGGCCAGAUGAAGCCCAUGGCCCCCCCAGACUGCCUGCGCGUCGGCUGUGCACCCAGUAAGGGCCCGGAGACCCUCUUUGCGGGGCACAAGCUCAAUGACAAUGAGUGGCACACGGUGAGGGUGGUGCGGCGUGGCAAGAGCCUGCAGCUGUCCGUGGACAACGUGACGGUGGAGGGGCAGAUGGCAGGGGCCCACACGCGGCUGGAGUUCUACAACAUCGAGACGGGCAUCAUGACGGAGCGGCGCUUCAUCUCGGUGGUGCCCUCCAACUUCAUCGGGCACCUGAGCGGGCUGGUGUUCAACGGGCAGCCGUACAUGGACCAGUGCAAGGACGGGGACAUCACCUACUGCGAGCUCAACGCCCGCUUUGGCCUGCGUGCCAUUGUGGCCGACCCCGUCACCUUCAAGAGCCGGAGCAGCUACCUGGCGCUCGCCACGCUCCAAGCCUACGCCUCCAUGCACCUGUUCUUCCAGUUCAAGACCACGGCCCCCGACGGGCUGCUCCUGUUCAACUCGGGCAACGGCAACGACUUCAUCGUCAUCGAGCUGGUCAAGGGGUACAUCCACUACGUGUUCGACCUGGGGAACGGCCCGUCCCUGAUGAAGGGGAACUCGGACAAACCCGUCAAUGACAACCAGUGGCACAACGUGGUGGUGUCCCGCGACCCCGGCAACGUGCACACGCUCAAGAUCGACUCCCGCACCGUCACGCAGCACUCCAACGGCGCCCGGAACCUCGAUCUCAAAGGGGAGCUGUACAUUGGCGGUCUGAGCAAGAACAUGUUCAGCAGCCUGCCCAAGCUGGUGGCCUCCCGGGAUGGCUUUCAGGGCUGCCUGGCCUCGGUGGACCUCAACGGCCGCCUCCCGGACCUCAUCGCGGACGCCCUGCACCGCAUCGGGCAGGUGGAGAGGGGCUGUGAUGGCCCCAGCACCACCUGCACCGAAGAGUCUUGUGCCAACCAGGGCGUCUGCUUGCAGCAGUGGGAUGGCUUCACCUGUGACUGCACCAUGACUUCCUACGGGGGCCCCGUGUGCAAUGACCCCGGGACCACGUACAUCUUUGGGAAGGGGGGCGCGCUCAUCACCUACACGUGGCCCCCCAAUGACCGGCCGAGCACGAGGAUGGACCGCCUGGCCGUGGGCUUCAGCACGCACCAGCGGAGCGCGGUGCUGGUGCGCGUGGACAGCGCCUCGGGCCUCGGCGACUACCUGCAGCUGCACAUCGACCAGGGCACCGUGGGGGUGAUCUUUAAUGUGGGCACCGACGACAUUACCAUCGACGAGCCCAAUGCCAUCGUGAGCGACGGCAAAUACCACGUGGUGCGGUUCACUAGAAGCGGUGGCAAUGCCACCUUGCAGGUGGACAGCUGGCCAGUCAACGAGCGGUACCCGGCAGGAAACUUUGAUAACGAGCGCCUGGCGAUUGCUAGACAGAGAAUCCCCUACCGGCUUGGUCGAGUAGUAGAUGAGUGGCUGCUCGACAAAGGCCGCCAGCUGACCAUCUUCAACAGCCAGGCUGCCAUCAAGAUCGGGGGCCGGGACCAGGGCCGCCCCUUCCAGGGCCAGGUGUCCGGCCUCUACUACAAUGGGCUCAAGGUGCUGGCGCUGGCCGCCGAGAGCGACCCCAACGUGCGGACCGAGGGCCACCUGCGCCUGGUGGGGGAGGGGCCGUCCGUGCUGCUCAGCGCGGAGACCACGGCCACCACCCUGCUGGCCGACAUGGCCACCACCAUCAUGGAGACCACCACCACCAUGGCCACCACCACCACCCGCCGGGGCCGCUCCCCCACGCUGAGGGACAGCACCACCCAGAACACAGAUGACCUCCUGGUGGCCUCGGCUGAGUGUCCGAGUGAUGAUGAGGACCUGGAGGAGUGUGAGCCCAGUACUGCUCCACGUUCUUCGGCCGCGGCGCUCUGCAUCCUCAUCCUGCUCUACGCCAUGUACAAGUACCGCAACCGCGACGAGGGCUCCUACCAGGUGGACCAGAGCCGCAACUACAUCAGCAACUCGGCGCAGAGCAACGGCGCGGUGGUGAAGGAGAAGGCGCCCGCCGCGCCCAAGGCGCCCGGCAAGGCCAAGAAGAACAAGGACAAGGAGUACUACGUGUGAGCGCCCCUGCCCGUGCGCCCCACCUCCGCCUCCGGCGCCGCGGCGGCUCCCUGGCUGCCUCAGACUUCUCUCAUGAAGAGGAAACGCAAAAAAAAAAGAAAAGGAAAACCCGUGCUCGCCCCUCUCCUCCUGCCGUCCGUCCGUCCGUCUGUCCGUCCGUCGGGGCGGCGUCAGUCCCGGCGGCUGUCCCUCAGCGCUGCCCCUGGGCAGGGCGGUGCUCACAGCCCUGGGUUCAUUUAUUUUUUUAAGAGGUAGUUUUAUUUUGGUGGGGUUGGGCGGGAAGGAAGGCUGGGGGUUUUGUAAAGUGUCCACUCCUUGUCCUGUUAAUUUCCCCAACUUUUCUUUCUCCUCCCUGUCCCUCCCGCCUUCCUUCGCGCCCAAGCCCCCCCUCCCCCCCAGGCUUGCAGUGUCUCUCGGCCCCAUCCUCCUUCCCAUUUCUGUGUGUGUCUGGUUUCUCCCUUCCUUUCCCCCUUCGGGUUUCCAGAGUCGGCAGGGCGGGGGGAGGGAAGGCACAUGCAGAUAUUAUAUUAAAGACGAAUAUCCAGAUGCCCGAGCAGCAGCCUGGCACCCGCCGGGCGCCGGCAGCAGGGGAGAGAGGAGGCAGUGCCCUCCCACUGCUGGGGUCACUCGUCUGCCCACGGGCUCCCUGCUCCCCCAGUUUUUUUCUCUCUUUGUUAACAAAUGUGUCUAAGUCUUGGAAAACACCCCAACCCCGGAAAUGUGUGGGAAAAGAAAACAAAAACUUUCCAAA